AUUCUGCCACAAACUAACUCCAACAGAUCCCAAAUAUCUCUCUGUUGGGAAGCCGUGACAUCGAUCCGAUGGGCUACUCCAACUUGCCCGGGGAAAACAAUUCCGACGACUCGCAUGAGCCGCUCAUACUGCCGCAGAAUAUAUGCAGCGAAACCAUGGCUGCUCCGAGCUUAGAGACAGCUGACAAUGAUCAUGGCCAUCUGAAGAAGAAGAAGACAAACAAGUUUGCUUUCAUCUGCGCAAUUAUGGUUUCCAUGGCUGUCGCCUUGCUUGGUUAUGACCUUGGAGUGAUGAGUGGGGCGAUCAUCUACAUCAAAGACGAAUUCAGAAUCUCCGACGUGCAAGUAGAAAUAUUGGUGGGAAGCAUCAACAUCUACUCCCUCUUCGGCUCCAUCGCCGCCGGACGAACCUCCGACUGGAUCGGCCGCCGCUACACCGUCGUCAUAGCCGCCGCUUUUUUCUUUGCCGGGGCCCUCCUCAUGGGGAUCUCCACCAAUUACACCUUCCUCAUGAUCGGCCGUUGCUUCGCCGGGAUCGGCGUCGGUUUCGCACUCACGAUUGCACCCAUCUUUAUAUCCGAGUUGGCCCCGGCCUCCAACCGUGGAUUCCUAACCACCUUUCCUGAGGUUUUUGGAAACAUCGGAAUUCUGCUUGGGUAUGUCUCAAACUAUGGAUUCUCGAAGCUUCCAGCAAACCAAGGGUGGCGAUUCAUGCUGGGAAUCGGGGCAGUUCCAUCCGUCAUCCUCGCCGCCGGUGCCUUAAUCAUGCCGGAAUCUCCUCGAUGGCUUGUAAUGCAAGGCCGACUCGCAGAAGCCAAACGAGUAUUGGACAAGAUCUCAGACACCAAGGAGGAGUCACGACGCAGGCUAGACGAUAUCAAGGAAGCCGCCGACAUCCCAAGAGACUGCAGCAACGAUUACGACGUCGUUGCGGCCCCAAAACGAGGGGAAGGCGUAUGGAAAGACCUUGUAAUCCAUCCCACCCGCCGCGUGCGCCACAUUCUACUAUGCGCCCUAGGGAUCCACUUCUUCCAACAGGCCAUCGGCUUCGACAGCGUCGUAUUUUACAGCCCGAGAAUUUUCGAGCAAGCAGGUGUCACAUCGACCGAUGACAAGCUCCUGGCCACAAUCGGUGUGGGAGUGAUGAAGACGGUUUUCAUCCUGGUGGCGAUGUUCCUCCUGGACAAGGUGGGCCGACGACCGUUACUUCUGACGAGCUACGUCGGGGUGAUCGUCUCGUUGGUCACGCUCGCAACCAGCCUCACGGUCAUCAAUCAGGAUCCGACCCGAAAGGUGCGGUGGGCGGUCAAUUUGGCUGUGUGUAUGGUGCUCUCGGGAGUGGCGUUUUUUUCGAUUGGGGUGGGGCCUAUCCCAAUGGUUUACAGUGGGGAGAUUUUCCCGCUUCGGUUGCGGGCGCAAGGGAUCGGCCUGGGGAUGGUGGUGAAUCGGGUGAUGAGUGGAGUGAUAUCGAUGACCUUCUUGUCGCUCUGUAAGGCCAUCACGAUCGGAGGGGCGUUUUUCCUCUUCGCCGGGGUUUCGGUGGUCGGGUUCGUGUUCACUUUCCUUUUUUACCCCGAGACGCAAGGGAAGACGCUCGAGGAGGUUGAUGGGCUUUUCGGAAGUUUCGUUCAUUGGAGAUCGAUCGGCUGAUUUUUUUAAGGGUGGAAAAGAGGAGGAGGUGGAUGCAUGAAGGGGAGAUAUAGGGAGCUUAAAAUAAAUCAUUCAAGAAAUAUCGAGAUUUUUU